AUGAUAUCGAUUGGGUUCCGCAAGACAAUACGGAGUUUUUUCGUGGGGUUCUUGACAGGCAUGGUUGUCCUACGACAAAUGCCCUUGGCUCUCCAAGCGUUUACCGAACAGGAGACUGUGGUCAAUAAUCAGCCCACCAAUAGCAGCGCCAUCGCCAUCACUAUAGAUACUACUUCAAGAAUAGUUGCUGGUACCGAGGAUGUCCAAAAUAAGCAUGUGGCCAGAGUCCUAGAUACAGAUACACAGCCACAACAACAGCCAGCAAUCGAACAACAAGCAAUGGAAACAGAUCAAGAGAAUCCAGUCCAACAAGAGCCUACAAAUCUUCCACCACCACAGCAACAACAAGUAGAUCAACAACAACAAAUGAACUCACUGCAGUAG